AUGCCCUUAGAUAGGAGAAUGGAUGUGAUUAAUCAAUCCAUUCCCAUCAUGAAAAACAUCGUCUCGUCUCCAGUCUUCACUUCUGACAUUCAUAAGUGUUUGGCUGUAUUAGAGUCGGACACUCGAUCGUUUUUGACGGCGCAUCCCAGCGUCGUGUUUACGCUGGCGGAUAAGGGCAACGUCACUGUGGCCAUGGAUAGGGACGUUUACAGAGACAGGAUGACCGAGUUAUUGGGGGACUCAGACACGUAUGUCCCGAUUAAAAGAGAUCCGACCAAAAAGCUUACGUCAGCCUUGAGGUCUAUGCUCACUGGGUGGAAGACCAGAGGUCACAUCAAGGAUUCUGAGUACAAAGCUUUGUACUGCAGUGACGGUUCUCUCCCGAGGGCUUAUGGGCUGCCAAAGAUUCACAAGCCUGAUUGUCCUCUUAGAAUUAUAGUGUCAUCGGUGGGCAGUCCGCUACAUUCUUUGGCUACGUUUUUACACAAGAAAUUAUUUAAAACCAUCCCGAGAGCUGACAGUUAUAUGAAAAACAGUUUUGAACUGGUUGAGAGGCUGAGGGAUGUGCACUUUACGGGGACACAUGAGUUAACGUCUUUGGACGUUACCUCUCUUUUCACGAACGUGCCAACGGAUGUAGCGAUCGACUGCGUUAACGAACAUUGGCCGGCGGUUUCCGGGGAUUGCUCUCUACCCAAGAAAAAAUUUUUGGGAGCGAUACAGUUUGUCCUGGACUCUUCGUUUUUUGUCUUUGACAAUGUUUUUUACAGGCAGAGCUUUGGCACCCCCAUGGGCUCUCCAAUAUCACCGGUGAUAGCGGACUUAGUGUUGAGGAGAUUGGAGACGGUGUCCUUGAUGUCUGUGAAUUUGGACAUUCUAUUCUAUUAUAGAUACGUUGACGACAUAUGCACUGCGUUGCCCCCCUCUCAGAUCGACGUGUUAUUAGAGAGAUUUAAUGCAUUCCAUCCGCGCCUACAGUUUACCGUAGAGAGAGGCGGAAAAACGAUCAAUUUCUUGGAUGUCACUGUGUCUGUCAACAAUAAUCGCUUUAAUUUCGAUUGGUACCGUAAGCCAACGUUUUCAGGCUUUCAACAUGAUAAAAUUAGAAUCCCAGAAUCGCGUAGAAUCUGGAGAUACUGGGAGUGUCUCGGCGCUAAGCUACGCGCAACGACACUGCCGUGGCUACUUUACAUGAGCCGACGAGUUGGGCCAGAUCGAGAGUAUCGGAUCUCAAUAAGAGCUGAAGUGAUCAAGUUCUAA